AUGGCACCUGCCUUUGUCAUGUUGCCCGUGUGCCUCUUGGCCAUCGGGUCCAUGUCUCCUGGUGCUGAGGCCAAGGAACGUGCUGUCAGCGGGAACCGCCGCUUUCUUGCGAAGGCCCAGAGUGAAGGGCAGCAGUGUGGCAGCAGCGGCUCGGACGGUCACUUCUACGGCGACUGCUCCUCGGGACUCGAGUGUGUGGCUCCUGCCGCGGGCUCGCCGGCGGUGGGCGCGCCGAGCACUUGUCAGAAGGUGGGGCAGCAGGCGGGGCAGCAGUGCGGCAGCAGCGGCUCGGACGGCCACUUCUACGGCGACUGCUCUCCUGGACUCGCAUGCGUGCCGCCGGCCGAUGGCGACGCGAUGGUGGGCGCUCCCAGCAUCUGCCACAAGGUGUGCGGCAGCUUCGGGGCCGACGGGGACCAUGUCAACGGCACCUGCAGCGCGAGCCAGACGUGUUCUGGCAAGGCCGCCACGCCUUGCCGGGAGUGGGCUGGCGAGUGCUACAUGUACUGCGACGGCGCUGAUCGCCGACUUGCGCAGGGCGAAGGGCAGCAGUGUGGCAGCAGCGGCUCGGACGGUCACUUCUACGGCGACUGCUCCUCGGGACUCGAGUGUGUGGCUCCUGCCGCGGGCUCGCCGGUGGGCGCGCCGAGCACUUGCCAGAAGGUGGGGCAGCAGGCGGGGCAGCAGUGCGGCAGCAGCGGCUCGGACGGCCACUUCUACGGCGACUGCUCUCCUGGACUCGCAUGCGUGCCGCCGGCCGAUGGCGACGCGAUGGUGGGCGCUCCCAGCAUCUGCCACAAGGUGUGCGGCAGCUUCGGGGCCGACGGGGACCAUGUCAACGACACCUGUAGCGCGAGCCAGACGUGUUCUGGCAAGGCCGCCACGCCUUGCCGGGAGUGGGCUGGCGAGUGCUACAUGUACUGCGACGGCGCUGAUCGCCGACUUGCGCAGGGCGAAGGGCAGCAGUGUGGCAGCAGCGGCUCGGACGGUCACUUCUACGGCGACUGCUCCUCGGGACUCGAGUGUGUGGCUCCUGCCGCGGGCUCGCCGGUGGGCGCGCCGAGCACUUGCCAGAAGGUGGGGCAGCAGGAGGGGCAGCAGUGCGGCAGCAGCGGCUCGGACGGCCACUUCUACGGCGACUGCUCUCCUGGACUCGCAUGCGUGCCGCCGGCCGAUGGCGACGCGAUGGUGGGCGCUCCCAGCAUCUGCCACAAGGUGUGCGGCAGCUUCGGGGCCGACGGGGACCAUGUCAACGGCACCUGCAGCGCGAGCCAGACGUGUUCUGGCAAGGCCGCCACGCCUUGCCGGGAGUGGGCUGGCGAGUGCUACAUGUACUGCGACGGCGUGGGGCAGCAGGAGGGGCAGCAGUGCGGCAGCAGCGGCUCGGACGGCCACUUCUACGGCGACUGCUCUCCUGGACUCGCAUGCGUGCCGCCGGCCGAUGGCGACGCGAUGGUGGGCGCUCCCAGCAUCUGCCACAAGGUGUGCGGCAGCUUCGGGGCCGACGGGGACCAUGUCAACGGCACCUGCAGCGCGAGCCAGACGUGUUCUGGCAAGGCCGCCACGCCUUGCCGGGAGUGGGCUGGCGAGUGCUACAUGUACUGCGACGGCGUGGGGCAGCAGGCGGGGCAGCAGUGCGGCAGCAGCGGCUCGGACGGCCACUUCUACGGCGACUGCUCUCCUGGACUCGCAUGCGUGCCGCCGGCCGAUGGCGACGCGAUGGUGGGCGCUCCCAGCAUCUGCCACAAGGUGUGCGGCAGCUUCGGGACCGACGGGGACCAUGUCAACGGCACCUGCAGCGCGAGCCAGACGUGUUCUGGCAAGGCCGCCACGCCUUGCCGGGAGUGGGCUGGCGAGUGCUACAUGUACUGCGACGGCGCUGAUCGCCGACUUGCGCAGGGCGAAGGGCAGCAGUGUGGCAGCAGCGGCUCGGACGGUCACUUCUACGGCGACUGCUCCUCGGGACUCGAGUGUGUGGCUCCUGCCGCGGGCUCGCCGGUGGGCGCGCCGAGCACUUGCCAGAAGGUGGGGCAGCAGGAGGGGCAGCAGUGCGGCAACAGCGGCUCGGACGGCCACUUCUACGGCGACUGCUCUCCUGGACUCGCAUGCGUGCCGCCGGCCGAUGGCGACGCGAUGGUGGGCGCUCCCAGCAUCUGCCACAAGGUGUGCGGCAGCUUCGGGGCCGACGGGGACCAUGUCAACGGCACCUGCAGCGCGAGCCAGACGUGUUCUGGCAAGGCCGCCACGCCUUGCCGGGAGUGGGCUGGCGAGUGCUAUCUGUAUUGCAGUUAG